AUGGUGUACAAGCAACUCAACUCAAUGCUCUUUCUAACGCCAAAGCUGCUCUAUGUGGCAGUGAACGUAGAGUACUUUCUGUUCUACAAUCUUCGGCAGACUUUCUUAACAUCAAGAGGAAUAAAGGACGGACAGCAAACAAUUACUCUCAUUGUCAUGCUUUUGAGCACUUUUGUGAGCAAUAUGGGAAUUGCGUAUCUAGCAGACAAGCUGCAAAGGCCCAAGCUCAUUUUGAUACUUUGUCUGCUCUCUUCCUCUGUUCUUUUCCAGUUCCUGCUGCUCCCCAUUCCCUCCAUUUUCUGCUCUGUUGUCUUCAUUCUCUACUCGAUGCUCAUCCUCUCCACGCUUCCUCUGCUCGACAGACUCGUGCUGGACUAUCUGCAGAAAGUCCUGGAGGCACCCGCCUCUCUCUACGGAAGACAGAGAAUGUUCGGAACUCUUACAUACUGCAUGAUAAAUUAUGUCGUUGAGUCACUGGUUUUCACAAGGGGAACAAAAGACAGCAAAGUAGGGAACUACAACAAUCUGUCCCUUCUGUACAUAAUAUGUGCGGUUAUAGCAGGCGGCCUGGUGUAUCUCCUCGCGCCUGGGGACAGAGUCCGAAGAGUCACAUCGUCAUCGAGUAGAAACCCUCCGCAGUUUACGAAGGUCCUUAAAAACCCAGCGUACAUGUUCUUCCUGCUGAUUAUCCUCAUGAACGGAGUAACUCGCGGUGUGAUGAGCAUGUAUCUAAGCAGCUACUACAAAAACAUCCUUAACUUCAACGACUUCAAGCCUCCCUCGUCUCUGCCAACGUAUCUGCAAUGGGCGCUGGAUGUGUUCUACGCAAAUCCCAUGUCUACGUGCAGCACCUUUGGGAUUAUCCUGGAGAUCAUGAUUUUCUUCUCCUCGGAGUGGCUGCUCGGAGUGUUUGGGUUGUACUGGUCUUUUUUGUUCUCGCAGAUGGCGCAGGGCCUGAGAUUCUUCCUCUACACCUUUAUCACAGAGACAGAUCCCUACAGAUUUGAGAAAUGCUGUGCAAUUGAGUUUCUAAAGGGCGUGAACUUUGGGCUCACCCAUCUCUCGGGAGUGCAGUUGGCAGUUCUUCUCGUGCCAAGUAACCUCAAAUCAACGAGCCAAAUGAUAUACGCUGGAACAUUUGUGUGUCUGGGCACAGUUGCUGGUGUAAUUGCUGGGCAUUUCCUUAAGAUAGAUACGUACGAAGGCGUCCAGAGGAUCUUCAACGGAUGCGCACUGCUCUCUCUUGCAGCUAUAGGACUUAUCAUCUUAAAGUACGGAUUUAUAGACGGCAAGCUGUGGGGAAGGAAUGCAAGAGAAAUACCGGAAGCACCUCUCACAGCGCAGACCACACACAGCUCACUGGCAAGCAAAGACCUGCGCAAAGAGGGAAUUACAGCAGCCAGUAAAUGA